UAUAAAAGGUGCUCCUCUGGCGCGGAGAAUUAGAAUCAGUUCAAAUCUGAGCGAGAAAUUUAAGUACGCGAAAGUAGCAAAGCGAAUUUUGAUUAAAAAAGUUUUAAAGUUUUUUUGUUAAAAACAGUAAAGUGUAAAAAUGUCUCUUUUACCAUAUUUGUUUGGCGAUGUAUCCCUCAACAGACCAUCAAGACUUUUUGAUCAACAUUUUGGAAUGGCUUUGGAACCUGAAGAUCUGUUACAACCGGCGUCCAGACAUUUCCUCAGAUGUCCUGCUGGUUACAUGAGGAACUGGAGGUCUGCAGCGUCUGGAAACGAUUCUGGCUCUACAGUAAAUUACGGUAAAGACCAGUUCGCAGCCAAUCUAGACGUCCAGCAGUUCAAACCCGAAGAAAUUUCUGUGAAAGUAACAGGCGAGCGAGAGGUUACCAUUGAAGGAAAACACGAAGAAAAAGAGGACGAGCAUGGUCAUGUUUACAGACAUUUCAUCAGAAGAUAUGUGUUGCCCAAAAAUUACGAUAUGGGUAAAAUUGAGUCCAAGCUGUCUUCAGAUGGUGUCCUUUCAAUUAUUGCUCCCAAAGUUGAGAAUGGAUCCGUACCACACAAGAGUAUUACUGUGGAACAAACUGGCAAGCCAGUUAAAGCAGUAGAAGAAAAAAAGGAAGCUGUUGAGAAAAAGUAAAAUAUAUAUUUUUUUCGUUUAUUCGCAUUAAUUUGAACUUGAUUUUAUGUUAAUUUUAUAAAUGUUUUUUGUUUGUGUAUCGAUAUUUCCAAUAUUCUUUAAGAUGUAGUUUUGUAAUUUAGCAUUUUGCAGGUCAUGUAAAAUUAUAAAAUAUGUGUAAGACUGAUUUCAACCAAAUAUUUUUUACAUUUUGCUAAAUUUUUUAAUAAAACUAGUAA